ACGCAUACACACACACACACACAUACGCCCAAUCAAUGAAAAAAUGGUAACGAUGACUUCAGAGAUGGACAAAACGCAAACCUCAAUCGUUAUGACCGCCAAAUUUGCUGCCGAAAAUGCUGCUCGUACCACCAAUCCACUUCAGUCUGAGGAAAUGGCCAAUCAUGGGCGUAGUGUUGAUGUUCUUGCGGACACUGGCAAUGCAAAUAGCGGUGCAGGCAACACUUGCGAUGAAGCGAAAAGUUCAGAUACAACAACAGCCACCUCAGUUGCAGCGAUCAAGCCAUUGGAAUUGUCAAGUGUCACAAUUUCCAUUGAAUUUGCAAGUGAAGAUGAGUCCUCAACAGUUGUGACGCCAGCUGAUGGUGUGGAAGCGGUUGCAAGUAGUACCACAACAUCAACCAGCACCUCGCAAGGAGCAACGCCCAAAACGCCAACCACGCCGAUUGCUGUUGCAAAGCCUGCCACACCUACUGCAACACCAAAAAUAUCGGCAGCAGCAAGUGCCACAGAAUCUGCAGCGAUCACUGCGGCUGUCAUCGAAACAUCUGCUGCGUCCGCUGCCGCUAACAAUGGCGACAAUGCAACAAUAAGUGAAUCUGCUAUUACGAACGACACCACCAUUGCAACAGCGACCAAAACAUCGUCACCGCAAGCGUCCCGAGCAGCGCCAGCCACUGGUUCAGCUCCGACCCUGGCCACAAAUGCAGUUAGGGCGCCUACAAAUGCAACCACCGUCGUCACAACCACCGCCGCCGCUUCAAAGUCAACGUCGCCAGUAGCCGCAGCAGCAGCAGCAGCAUCAACCUCAACAACAAAAGUGAACUUUAGCGACAACAUCACAAGCAAUAGCACCUGUACGUCCAGUACAAAUAGCACCAGCAGUGUGACCAGCAUCUCUGCGCCGGCUGCCGCAGGUGGUGCCACUGGCAAUGGCAAUGGCAAUGGCAGUCAAAAUCAUCAUAACCAUCAGCAAAGCAGUCAGCAUGAGAAGUCGACUGCCGGGACUAGCAGUGGGAGUGGUAGUGUUGGUGGUGCUGAUAGCUCGCACAAUCAGCUGCAUGGCGCGAAGCCUUCCUUCCCCACAGCCGCAAUAACAAAUCUGCCGUUAACACGUCGCAAUGAAGAUGCGCCCAAUAUUCUUGUGUACAAAAAGAUGGAAGCAAUCAUCGAUAAGAUGCAAGCAGAAUCGACUGGAGUGGCCGUGCGUACAGUUAAAGCGUUUAUGAGCAAAGUGCCAUCAGUGUUUACUGGUGCGGAUCUAGUCGCUUGGAUACUAAAGAAUCUUGGUGUAGAAGAAGUGACAGAAGCCUUGCAUUUUGCUCAUUUGGUUGCCUCGCAUGGUUACAUUUUUCCCAUCGAUGAUCAUCAGUUGACUGUGAAAAAUGAUGGCACGUUUUAUAGAUUUCAAACGCCCUACUUCUGGCCAUCAAAUUGCUGGGAGCCGGAAAACACCGAUUAUGCCGUGUAUCUGUGCAAGCGUACAAUGCAAAAUAAAACUCGACUGGAAUUGGCUGAUUAUGAAGCGGAAAAUUUGGCUAAAUUGCAAAAAAUGUUCUCACGCAAAUGGGAAUUUAUCUUCAUGCAGGCGGAGUCACAAAGCAAAGUUGCGAAAAAACGUGAUAAACUGGAGCGCAAGGUGUUAGAUUCGCAGGAGCGCGCUUUUUGGGAUGUGCACCGGCCGAUGCCCGGCUGUGUGAACACUACAGAAAUCGACAUAAAGAAAGCCUAUCGACGUGGCGGUCAUGGUUCGGGUACCUCUGGCGGUGCUGUGGCAAAGAAUCCUAUCGAACAAUUGACGCGCGUAAUUGCGCUACGCAAACAAAAACUCGAGCGACGCACAAUCAAGGUGUCGAAGGCGGCAGAAGCCCUGGUUGCCUACUACGAGCAGUACAAUGAAUUUGAUUACUUUAUUACAUUGCCAGAGUUGCCCAAUCCCUGGCAAACAGACAGCACAGAAAUGUGGGAUGCGGAACGUAACUCAAAAGACGUUCCGCUACGGCGCGUCAAACGUUGGGGAUUCAGUUUACGUGAGCUACUGAACGAUCCAGUGGGUCGCGAACAAUUCACUAAAUUUCUCGAAAAAGAAUACAGUGGCGAGAACUUAAAGUUCUGGGAGUCGGUGCAACAAAUGAAAACGCUACCACAAUCUGAAAUCAAAGAAGCAAUACACAAAAUUUGGCAAGAAUUUCUCGCACCCGAUGCACCCUGUCCGGUCAAUGUGGAUUCCAAGUCAGUGGAAUUGGCACGCGAAGCAGUCAACGCCGCAAAUGGGCCAAAUCGUUGGUGUUUCGAUGUGGCCGCUGCGCAUGUCUACCAUCUCAUGAAGAGCGAUUCAUAUUCACGUUAUCUACGCUCGGAUAUGUAUAAGGACUAUUUGAAUUGUUCGCGCAAGAAAAUCAAAUCGAUACCAAAUUUGUUUGGUGUAAAGCGCUAGGGGGCGGAGUAAAUAAAAAUAUUGAAAAUAAGUACGGAAGAGGCGAAUGAGCAUGGAAUAUGAAAUGGUUGAAUUACUUACACAUAAGUACUUUAAAUAUAAAUAUGUACCGUCAUGCC